AUGUAUUAAAGAAUAUUAAACUUAAUCUACCCUUAAAGUUAAAACGAUACUUAAUAAUAAGCUGAGACAGAAGUUCCAAAAAGAUCUCAAAAGUUAUCUUAGAUGACUUCAUUAAUCAAUAUGAAUGAAUUUUUUUAAUACCCAGAGAAAUUAAUAUAAGAUGCAACAUUCAUUAUUAAUGAAUUCUGCAAUGAUAAUAUAGACAUAUAUAUUUAAGAUGAAUCUAUUUUGAGAAUUUCUGGGUUUGUUAAUAUAUUGAUAAAGUAGAAAUCCUUUUAAAUAGUUAUGAAUUUUUCUUUUUUUUUAAAUUACCCUUAACAAAUUUUCGACAUUUGUAUAGAAAAUAAAAGUCUUGAUGAUAAGGACAUAAAAUUAUCAUCCUUUUUUCAUUCAUCUUAAGGUGAAAAAUGGAUAUCUUUAAACACUUACCUUACAGAAGCCAAGCUUUGGUUUAAUCAUUAAAAUUUGUAAAGAGUGUUUUAAGAAGCUAAAGAAUUAUUAACAAAUCACUUUCCAUAUCAUAAGCAAAAAAAAUAAUAAUAAUAUUUUUCAAAUGAUCCAAUUUAAAUGGAUAAAUAAAGACAAACAGAUUAAAAGGAUAACAAUGAGGAGAUUACUGAUAAAGUUGAAAUUGAUAAACAAGUGAAAGAUGUUGUUAACAAGAACAUAGUUACCUCUCCAAUUCCAUUAAACUCUUAAGCAGUUCUUGGACCUAGUGGGUUAUAAUUAAAAUAAGAAAACCAAAUUUAGAUGUAAGUAUCAAAAUUUGCAAUUUAAUUGAUGAAAGAACAUAGAAAUGAUAUUGCUAAUCUAAAAGAAUAAUUAUAGAAUUUAAAAUUGUACAAAUAACAACAAGAAGGAAUAUAAAAUUAGUUAAUUUGGCUUAGAUAGAAACUAGAUUUUGAUAUCGAUUUAGCAGCGAGCUUAUUUUAUAUGCAAUAAUAACAGAUGAGUCUAAUUGAUAAAACUUAACAAAAACCUUUGGAUGAAAUAAUGGAUUUCGAUGAUUUAUCUUAAUAAAUUAUUGAAUUAGUUGCUAAAGAUAAAGCUUGUUCAGAUUGUUAUUAAUACAUUUCAAAAAAAUUUAAAAGGCAGCUCUUGGACUAUACAACUUUGCAACAUACGAGUUGGCAGGCUAGUAGUUUGAAUUAAAAUUAUUGA